GUGAGGGAUGGGGAGAAUAGGGGAGUGGGGAAGGGGAACGAGGGGCAGAGGGGGAAGCGGAGAGGGGGGAUGGGGAGGGGCAAUGAGGGCAGAGAUGCGAGGGAAGGGGCAGGGUUUGGGGGAAUGGGGAGAGGGUGAGAACAGAAUGAGGGAGGGGGAAUGAGGCAAGGCACCGGCGAGUGGGGCCCGGGGGCCCAAUAACAUGACGUGCCCCAGCCUAAUGGUUGGAGAGGAACAUGUUGUAUUCUGUCUGGAUAUAGAAUGGAUACAACAAGCAGAGGAUUUGUUUAUGGGAACCUCAGACACAUCAGCGAAUCCACACUGGGGAGAGGCCGUUCACCUGCUCUGAGUGUGGGAAGGGAGUCACUCGGUCAUUCCAGUUGCUGAUGCACCAACAAAUUCCCAGAGAAGAGGCCGUGUAUCUGCACUGAGUGUGGGAAGGGCUUCCUUCAGUCAGCCCACCUGCUGGCACAACAGCUUCUUCAUACUGGCGAGCGGCCAUUCUCCUGCUCAACGUGUGGUAAGGGAUUGGCUCAGUUAUCUAGCCUGAUGACGCACCAGCGAGUUAAUGCUGGGGAAAGGACAUUCUCCUGCUCGGAGUGUGGGAAGGGCUUUGCUUACUCAUCCCACUUGCAGGCACACCAGCGAGUUCACACUGGGGAGAGGUCAUUCUCCUGCUCAACGUGUGUGAAAGGAUUCACUCGGUUAUCCAGCCUGAUAACACACCAGAGAGUUCACACUGGGGAGAGGCCGUACACCUGCUCCACGUGCAAGAAGGUAUUCACUCAGUCGUCUCAGCUGCUGAGACACCAGCGAGUUCACACUGGGGAGAAGCCGUACACCUGCUCCGAGUGUGGGAAGGGAUUCACUUGGUUGUCCCUUUUCCUGAGACACCAGUGAGUUCACGCCGGGCAGAGGCCGUACACCUGCUCCGAGUGCGGGAAGGGAUUCACUGAGUCAUCUGAGCUGCUGGUACACCAGCGGGUUCACACUGGGGAGAGGCCGUAUACCUGCUCCGAGUGUGGGAAGGGAUUCACUCGGUCGUUCCAUCUGCUGACACACCAGAGAUUUCACACCGGGGAGAGGCCAUUCAUCUGCUCAACGUGUGGGAAGGGAUUCACAGAGUCGUCUCAGCUGCUGAUACACCAGCGGGUUCACACUGGGGAGAGGCCGUACACCUGCUCCGAGUGUGGGAAGGGAUUCACUCGGUCAUCCUAUUUGUCUGGACACCAACGAGUUCACACUGGGGAGAGGCCGUACACCUGCUCCAAGUGCGGGAAGGGAUUCUUUCGGUCGUCCCAUUUGCUGACGCACCAGAGAAUUCACACCAGGGAGAGGCCGUACACCUGCUCCGAGUGCGGUAAGGGUUUCGCUCAGUCGACCCAUUUGCUGACACACCAGAGAGUUCACACCGGGGAGAGGCCAUACACUUGCUCCAAGUGCGGGAGAAGAUUCACUCAUUUAUGCAGCCUCAAGACACACCAGCAAGUUCACUCUGGGGAGAGGCCUUACACCUGCUCCGAGUGUGGGAAGGGAUUCACUCGGUCGUCCCAUUUGCUGAGGCACCAGCGAGUUCACACCGGGUAGAGGACAUUCACCUGCUCUGAAUGCGGGAAGGGAUCCCUUGCUCAUCUGACCUGCUGAAACAGCAGCAAAUUCACACUGUGGAGAAAGAUUAAACAUGCUGUAUGCUCAAUGUACAACCAUCACUGCUACUGAAAUCUAGCACAAAUUCACAAGUGUUGCAGGUGUUCACGGGGAUUGGAUUCUGUCGACGCUGCUGAUCUCGCCCAGGAUUGAAACCUGGUCAUUGGGCACAGUUGAUUUUCUUUUGUAAUCUCUUUAACUGAGUUAGAGUUCAUUGUUCUGGAUCUCUGAUUAAAAUAAAGUAGUUCUGUUUGAAACACUUUAGCUAAGGCCCUCCCUGUCUCUGCAAUGCACACAAUGAACAGUAGAAAGAGAGGCCAUUCAGCCCAUCUGGUGCCUUCCAGUGUUUCUGCUCCACACCAGCCUCCUCCCAUCUCACCCAGUAUGAAUAUUCAAAGGAACAGAGAGAUGCAGCACAGAAAUGGGCCCUUUGACUCACUGAGUCUGCACUGACUAUGCACAAGGCAGGGAAAUUGCUGGACGUGGCAUCAGUCAGGGGUCACUCAUCCGAGAUGAUGAAGAAUGUCUUCCCUUGAGAACGGAGCAUCUCUGGAAUUCUCGGUGCCGGGGACUUGCAGAGACGGAGUUAUUCAGUACAUUCACGGUGGAGAUGCACAAACAUCUGAAUGACAAGGGAGUUGCAGAGUGUGGGGAAAGAAGGGGAAAAUGGUGUCUGAGGCCAGGGUCGGAUCAGUGUGAUCUUGGGUAAUGGAGCGGCUGAAGUGGCCGACACUUCUGCUCCUGUUUCUUCUGGUUUUUCUGUUGUUGUUUUUGAGUAUUACAACCUUAACAAGACUCAGGUCAGUCAAACUUGGUUUCCCUUUUGUAAUCAUCUCUCUCUCUCCAUUUCUAUUAUUCUCUGGGUACCUUUCAGAUUCUCCAUUUGACUGAUGUUACACCAGCUGGCCUACAGUUGUGUUUUCUCAAAUACUGGGGUGACAUUUGCUGCCUUCCAAACUGUGGGAAAUGUUCUCAAAUCUGCAGAAUGUUGGAAGACGACAAAACUAUUCGUCCACUGUUUCCCUCAGCAUCUCAUUCACACCCUGAGGACCCAGGUUAUCAGCUCUGAAUUUAUCACCUUUACCUUCCUGUUAAUUCCUCCAGCUCUCAUAUUUUACUGAUGAUAAUUUCAUUGAGUUCCUCAUUCAGUCUGUACCUGUCGUAUUUCUGUGAGGCAUUUUCUUUCUUCUGUGAAGACAGACAGAAAAUAUUUGGUUAACUACCCCGCCAUUUCAUUACACAUCAAUAUAGUUUCUCCUGUAUCUCUGUAAGGGACCAACAUUAACCUGAGCUCAGCUCUGUGUGCACACAUACAGUAGCUCUUCAAAUCUAUUUUUAUGUUUCUUGUCAGACAACUCUCAUAUUCCACUUUGCCUUUCUUUAUCAAUGCCUUGGCCCCCCUUUGCUGAAAUCUAACAUUUUUCUAAUCUGCAGGUUUACUGCUUUAUCUUGGCAAAAUGUUAAGCCUUUCCUUUAAUCUAACACUCUCUUUAACUUCUCUUAUUAUCGACCACUUUUCCUUG